AUGACACGAACUUCGGCAACUAAAACAAACAUGACAAAAAUGGAAUUAAAAAAGUUAAAAUCCAUUUUACCAACAUUAAAACAAAAACCAACAUCAACACCGAUGGAAAUUGUUCUCGAAACAAUUCGUUACAUUCGACAAUUAGAAGAUCAAUUAAUAGAUCGAUUUCAACUCGAUCCAUCGAAUUCAACUUCGCAAUCCUCACUGUCCGAUGUAUCGACUUUGUCGAAUGAUUCUUCUUUAUUAUCAAUAUCAACUCCAUUACAAGAUAUUGGAAAUAGUAACUAA